AUGAGCCGCUUCGUUUUUUCCGCACAUAGCUCAGUCCAGCUUCUGCCUUUCAUUUGGGUGCGUCGGCCGUUGUCAUCCGCCGCCCUUCUUCCUCGCGCUCUGCGCUCGCGCGCUCAAAGUCGCCAGCUGAAGCAGGUCUGCUUGCACGGUGCGUGUCCGGUGGUGCCUUUCUCGUGCGGGUUUCCUGCGCCUGCUGGCCUCUCGGUACCUUGUCUCCGUUUCUGCCGCGCGUCCUCUUCUUCGCCGACUUCCGCCUCUGCGUCGCUGGGCUCCAGCGCGGAUUCCGCGGGGUCUCCGCCGCGGCCUGCGCCGACCCCCCUCGGCGUUUACUACUCCAAGUCUCACGAGUAUGUUCGAUUCCUCCUGGAUGCACCGGAGGCGUCUGCGGGCGCCUCCAGCGCGGGCGCAGGCCCCGAGCGCGUCUUGUUCGGAAUCAUCGGCAUAAGCGCACAUGCAGCGGAAGAACUGGGCGAAGUCGUUUACGCAGACUUCCCUCAACCGAUCGAUCGCCUCGCGCACGCCGCACCAGGGGAUGCCGCGGAGAGGCCAGACAGCGCAGAGGCGCAGGGAGACGCCGAUGGUUUCUGGGUGAAGCGAGGGAGUCCUGUUUGCUCGCUUGAGAGCGUCAAGAGCGUGGCUGAGGUCUACAGCCCCGUCGACGGACGAGUCACAGCGGUGAACCGAACAGCAGUGAAAACGCCAAAUGUGAUCUUCCAGGACCCCGAGGGACAGGGGUGGAUUCUCAGACUUCAGUUGACGUCCGCCGCAGACAACGGGGGGGACUGCGGAGAGGAGGAGAGGGCGCGGGAAGUUGUCGCCAAACUCACCAAACGACUCAUGGACGAAGAACGGUAUUGCAAGUUCGUUGAGGCAGAGAAACACGCUACCUCUUCUGAAGAUUGA